CGAAUAUCUAGUUCCUGAAGAGCACUUCCCGUAUCCUUUGUUUACAUUAACUCGCACUUGACGCUAGCUUCAAACUUUCAAGAAAUAUGUCGUUCCUAUGGUUACCUACCAUUGGCAAGGCUGUGAAUAAGAAGUGGCAGUAUGACACAGGACUUAUAGCAAAAGCAUACAAGGAGGUUGCUGAAUCAGGGAUAUCUGUGUACAAGUCAGCCGUACUGUAUGGGCAUCCAGAGUCAACUCUGCGUGAUAGAACCCUUGGAUUGCAGCCAGUGACCAAUGAACAUAAGAAUUUACCAAGCUGUGGUCAGCCACCCUCAUUUAUUGCUAAGAAGGAGGGACAGUUAGUUGAACACUUAACAUAAAUGGCAAGCUUUGGAUACGGUUACACCCAGUCAGAGCUGCUUAGCCUAGCCAUCGAAAGGGCAAUAACACUUCACCGGAAGAAGCAGAGCGACCCACAGUUUGCUUCUUCGUGGUAUACUGGCUUCAAGCGAAGAAACCCUGAUGUAACCUUAGCUAAGUUGCAAAAGCUCUCAGUGCUCAGAGAAAAGUGAACGUCAGAGGAAACAAUCAAGUAGUACUUUGCAGAGCUGGAAAAGGUGAUGAAGAAGCAUGAUCUUGACAAUCAUCCUGAAUUAAUCUGGAACAUUGAUGAGACUGGGCUGAUGAUGGAACAUAAUCCCCGCCAUGUUGUCUGUGUGAAAGGCAUGACGUAUAGAUCAUGCUCGACCCCUCCACCCUCUUUACCAUGUGGCUGCCAGAGUGGCCAGGGACGCUUGUACCGAGGGCAGACCUCUUCCACCACAUCAGUCUGCCAAUCUCCAUUAAACCACUGAGGAAAUUUCUGCGCAAGGUCGUUGUGGUACUUGGUGACAACUUUGGCGCUGCCUCUAUGACGUGGGGCUAUAUGUUCAUCUUGCAUCGGUCCAGGUGGAUCUUAGAGAGCCGUCAUCAUUUCAAUUUACCGGUGUUGUAUGGCCCACCAACCGCUGGAAAGGCACUUGUGCCAGCUGUGGAGCCUGGCUGAAUAUGAAAAUUAUUAAAUUUGAUGCACCCUCUCAUUCCUGAUGGGUUGGUUCACAUCCUUGACCAUGCCCUUCGUUUGGGAUGACCCUUCCGUUCCUGAGGUUGGUCUACUGAGCGUUGACCUUGGGAACGGUGCUGUGGUUCGGAAGGCCACCGAAGCACUGCAGGUUUCAGCAAACUUUGACAUGGCGACAGUGUCUGGAUAUUACACACACCUGUGUGUUAAAAUGAUGGAACCCUCAGCAGUUCCAGGCAGGGCUAGACAGUUGGAGGCUUUGGCAAGGGAGGCUUCCUCUUCCCUCUCUAUUGUGUUGAAAGGGAUAUUCAAUAUUACCGCCAGUGAGGUCCACGAGACCACGGCCGUGAUAAUGCCACUCCUUCCCGGGGACAACUGUGUGGCGGAGACUGCAUAGCCAUGGCAUUUACAGUGACCCAAAAGCUCCUGGACAUUGCCCGAUGCGAAGACCUUUUAAACGGCCAUGUAGAGAAAUACGUCAACGAAGUGCUGUUGCCCUACCACUGUCAGAACCUUCGGGGCUCCAUGUCGCUGCAGGAGUGUUUGUCCACGUUAGGGAACCUCCCCAAAGAGCAGGAUAGCAAGCAUUUUGUUUGUUUGAUGUCAGACUCAGAGUUGCCGGGGAAUGAAGCAGAAACAGAUGUGGGCUUUCAUGUUCAGUUCUACAAGAACCAUGUUGUUGGAGAAGAAAAGGCAGAAGUGCAUUUCAAUAAUGAUGCUGGUCAAAAUAAAAAUCCUACUCUUCUUUGGUGUGAACUUUGGAGAAUAAUGAUAGAUCAUGCGGUUCCCGUUUAUGAUGCUGUUGACAAUACAUGCCUUUGUGCGGCAGGUAACUGCAGUAGACAGGUUCCUCUCGUAUACGCCAUGAUGUCAGGAAGGAAAAUGCGGGAUUACAUAGCAGUGUUUGAGUGUGUGAUAAACCUUUUCCCGCACAGUGAGGUAGAUGGGUUCAUAAUGGACUAUGAGCAGGCUCUAUGGCGAGAAACUUGGCGAUGCUUCACAAACCUCAAUAGUACGGGCUGCAUAUUCCACUGGGGGCAGGCCGUAUGGAGACACGUUAAGCACCUAGGGCUUGCCACCACCUACCAGCACGACCAAGGGACAAAUGACUUCGUGCGCAAACUACCUUCUCUGCCGUUCCUCCCUGCCUCUCGCAUUAGAGACAUAUUCAUGGCACUGAUGGACAUCAACUCGCCAACCACCUUGAGCUGCUAACGGACUACAUUGAGCAGCAAUGGAUGGAGUCAACUAUUCGACCAGGCGCUGAUUGGGUGGCAUCACCACCUCAACAGUCAUGCUGGGAUUAAGCCACCCUUCUACAACCUUAAACGGCUGCUAAACAUAGAGGCGGACUCGAUCGCCAACCAGAUCCGCCUUGUUUCAGAGCAAUGCUUGCGGAGUAACCAGAA